GGAGGCUGCGUAAGAACUCUGGCGCUGGCAGCCCAGAGGCGACCGUCAGUGCGAAGAAAAUGAAAAUGGCUUCAAGGAAUUGGGCGUUAAAAACGUCACAAAAGGGACCGGUUACAAACUUCUAACACACGAAAUUAGAUGCUGAUAAACCAUUGCCGGACUAAACCCGAGGAAUGAGCGACGCAGUUCCAACCAAUCACAAGGAGGGGGCGAUGAGGAUGGGACCCUCGACCGGGCCUCGUCUCUCAUCCAGUAGCUAGGAUCGUAUCCCGGAGGGAAACAAAAAUGAUGCUGUUUUGAAACUUCCUUCGGGGGAAAUCUUUCGUUCUUGAACUGGAUGGUUAUAUUUCAUGAUCGCACUCGUACAGCCGCUUAAACACCCUCCAUCUUGAGCGUUUUUCUCUUCUUACUCGGGAUCUACCUCUCCUUUAUCUCUCUCUGACCCCUCCCCCUUCAACCCCCCCUCCCUCCCCUGUCGUGCUUGACGUUUUGGUGGCUGUGUGGUUUGUAUGGCAGCGGAGUAACCGUGGAGAGGCCGGGGUAUCACAAGCUUAUGGAUUUUGAUAAGAGAGGAGGAGGAGGAGGAGGUGGUGGUGGAGGUGGAGGUGGAGGAGGGAAAGGGGAAGUGGAAGAGGGGAAAAAGAUGUCUAAGACUGGAGGGAGCAGGUCCGGUCAUACCGGUCGCACCUCGGCGCCCAGUUCGGGCGUGCUCAUGGUCGGGCCGAACUUCCGCGUGGGUAAGAAGAUCGGCUGCGGGAAUUUCGGUGAACUGCGGCUCGGGAAGAAUCUUUACACCAACGAAUACGUAGCCAUAAAACUGGAGCCGAUUAAAUCGCGAGCGCCGCAGCUCCAUCUGGAGUAUCGCUUUUACAAACAGCUCGGUACCUCAGAGGGCGUCCCUCAGGUGUAUUACUUUGGUCCAUGUGGAAAGUACAACGCGAUGGUGCUGGAGCUGCUCGGGCCAAGUCUGGAGGAUCUGUUCGACCUGUGUGACCGAACCUUCUCUCUCAAGACCGUGCUCAUGAUCGCCAUUCAGCUGAUAACUCGGAUGGAGUACGUCCACACACGCAGUCUGAUCUACAGAGACGUGAAGCCCGAGAACUUCCUCGUGGGCCGGCCGGGCAGCAAACGGCAGCACACCAUCCACAUCAUUGACUUCGGCCUGGCCAAAGAGUACAUCGAUCCCGAGACCAAAAAACACAUCCCGUACCGGGAACACAAGAGCCUGACGGGCACGGCGCGCUACAUGAGCAUCAACACACACCUGGGCAAAGAACAGAGCAGGCGGGACGACCUGGAGGCGCUCGGUCACAUGUUCAUGUAUUUCCUGCGAGGCAGUCUGCCCUGGCAGGGACUAAAGGCCGACACGCUGAAGGAGCGCUAUCAGAAAAUAGGAGACACCAAAAGAGCGACUGCGAUCGAGGUGCUCUGCGAGAGCUUCCCAGAAGAGAUGGCCACGUACCUGCGCUACGUCCGGAGACUGGACUUCUUCGAGAAACCGGAUUAUGACUACUUACGCAAACUCUUCACGGACCUCUUUGACAGGAACGGUUACGUCUUCGACUACGAGUAUGACUGGGUCGGGAAAACUCUGCCGACUCCGAUAGGACCCAUUCCCACUGACACACCGCUCCAGACCGGCAGCAGAGACAAAGCACAGCAGCAGACCAAAAACCAGUCUCCCGAACCCAAAGGAAGUGAAUCCCAGCCGACUCCUGUGACCAACAGGGAGCUCCUGGGCUCGCAUCUCACCGCUGAUAGGCUGGGGGGCUCUGUGCAGGUCAUGAGUUCGACCAACGGCGAGGUGAACACAGACGACCCCACAGCGGGACACUCGAACGCUCCCAUCACUGCGCCUGCCGAGGUCGAGGUCGCAGACGAAACUAAGUGCUGUUGCUUUUUUAAGCGGAGGAAGAGGAAAGGCCUGCAGCGGCACAAGUGAAGAGCGGUCGAGCGGAGAAACGGGGAAAAAAAGAGAGGAAAGAGAGAGGACUGGAGUGUGGAGCGCUCCUUUAUUGUGUGUGAAUGUGUGUGAGAGAGAGAGAGAAAGAUCUAAAGAGUUUGAACUGCCACUUGCUUUAUAAAAAACCCGAGCGUAUGGAGGAAUUGCGUACGCUCAUACAGACGUCUGAGACACGCAGAGAGACUGAAGGGACUGAGACGGGAUCGUGUGUGUGAGCGUGUGUGUGAGUGACGUGAACGCAAAUGGACGGAUUAAUCCUGUAUUUUAGAUCACAUUAUCAGAGGACUUAAAACAGAUGUUUAAACAAUGAGUGUUUAAUUUUAUGGGAUCAAAGUAAAGCGCCUCGGGGAGACGACAGACUGUGAUGCUCCGAGUCCGGAAACGUCAGGAAACGCAAACCAGAACCGUUCUGCUUCUGUACAGUGUCUGGGGUUGUUGUUGUUAUUGUUAUUGUUAUUAUUAUUAUUAUUAUUAUUAUUGUUUGUCUAUGUUUAUUUUUAAUGUAAUUUAAAAUGAAGUUGCUUUGGAUUUCUGCUAUCCCUGAGUUGAACCCUUUUAUUCGUGUUCUAGUGAUUUUUUUUUUUUUUUUUUUUUUUUUCCUCUUUUCUUUUUUGUCCUUUGCUUGUUUUCUGUCAACAUGGAUGAUGGCAGGACUCGGGUACCGUGGGGGACAGAGAGAGAGAGAGACACGCCCUGCUUUAUAAUACUGUUUUUAACACACACAAAGACACACAACCACACACACACACAAUUCCCUUACCAUGGUUUGGCUUUUCAACAGAAACACACCCAGAGUUUUCUCAACAGAAUGAACAACAUAGCUGAAACUAGUUGCUUAGGAAAUUUUACUUCUAAAGAAACAUGUCUGCUUCAUCAUGUGCUAGCUAACUCUUACCCAAUACCCAACAAACUGCACCCAACUAACUUUAUCUACAGUAGAUCAAAAAACCCUACAACGUAGCUACCCAAGUAUUUUUUUUUUUCUUUCAACAUUCACCCAGCUAACCUGCAGCUAACUUUCUCCUGUCAGCUUCACUUUAGUUUAUCCUGCAACUACAAACAGAUAUUUAUAUGCAAGCUUAUAGGCUAAUUUUCGAGCUGACCAUCAAGCUGAAAAGAAAAACUUAAUCCAGCUAAUUUUUUGUCAAACAUUCAAAUAAAAAGAUGUGUAUAACUCAAGUUCAGCUAACCUCUACAACCUAAUUUCAUCUGUUUCGCCAAUAUUAUGCACCUACAGUACAACCAAAUAGUUACAGAAAGCUACCUAACUUUAUUUGUCCAACUAUGUUUAUCGGACUCAUUUAUCGGAGUAAUUUCUAUCUAUUUAACUUCAUAUUAGCCACAUUUGUCUGACUAUUUCUAGCUAACCUUAUAUUCCUAAUUUUACCCAGCUAUCUUUAUCUGAUAUCGUGAGUAAUUAGUAUGUAGCUAACUUUAUCGAACUAAUUUAGAUCUAACUGACCGUAUUUAGCUUAGUUGCUCAGUUAUUUAUUCUACAAAUUUGUUAGGUAAUAAAAUAUUGAUUUUUAUUUGGAUUAAUAUUUUCAAAAUAAUAUCUUACUGUUCAGGUCAUUAUUUCAGUACAACCGACUUUAAUACUAAUCCUGCUUUCACAUCAGCAAGCAGCAAGGGAGGGGUUGGUUUUAUCUUUUGUGGGCGUGGCUCAUUCAGCCAGCUAGUUCCGAGUUCCAGUUUGAAAUGGUAGACAUCACCGUUUUGCUUAAAACAUAUUUUAAUUUUGUAAUUAAACUUAGGAAUAUAUAAAGCUGUGUUUAUAAGUACUUUUAAUUCUAUUAGUUUGUGUAAAAUUGGGCAAAAUGUCAAUGUAGACGCUUCUUUCACUGUUUGCUAGUGUGAAUGCUCAGUAAAUUUUAACUUAUCGGAUUAACAUUGGCCAGUUUAGUAGCGUGGAAUGUUCUAUAACCUUGUAAUGGCCAAGUGAAAUUACAAUCCAGGUCUCCGUUAUCUUAUUGUUUAUCGCUGGGUAGAAAAGUGAUCUUGAGCUAACAGGACAGAAGUGGACUUUUUUGGACUUGUAUGCUGGCUGUCUUCUAACUUCAAGUAAAAAAAAAAAAUUUAACAAAAAAAAAUUAUAAAGAUGAUAUAAAUGACAGACCGUAUUAUCCCUUAGAACUGCGUAGAAUCUCUCUAACUCUAACGUUGUUUAAGCUCUACUUCACAAAACUUUCUUACCUGUAGCUCGUUAGCUAGCAUAUUACUUUUAGUAUUUAUUUUAUUUCCACAUCUAGAUAUUUAAAUCCUAUCCAGCUAAAUAUACUACAAAAUAAGUUGUGCUUUAGGAAAAAAAAAUCCUUCUAAAGCUAAAUAAUCUGCAACUGAAAGAAGAUAAUGUAUUUAAAUGUAUUCUUUCUUUUUUUUUAAUUUAAAGCGUUAUAUUACUUGUUUACAUUUUUUUUUUUUUUUUAGCGAUGGCUCUGGUUAUCUUUCAUAUAAGCUACGUGCUGUAAGAUUACAUUCUGCUUCUAACAAGCUAGCUAGCGUGUCAACUAGCUGUAUGCUAGUAUGAACUUGGGUUUAAACAGAAAACGUACAUUGAGUUGAGGUUACACUUUCACCUUCGUAUUAAAGGAGAAUCUAAUAAUCGUAUCAUUUUCUCAAAUCUAAAUCCUUAAGGCUAAAUUUUAACUAGCUAGCAUAGCAUGUGGGUGCGGAACUAGCCAGCUGUUAAAUCACCGUUUUCAUGAUUAUUUAUCUGUUUAAGUGUCAUUUAUAUACUUUAUAAUUCGACUUGUAUGACCUAAAACUAAUUAUUGUUAUGACAAGGCUAACUUUUAUUCUUAUUUUUUAAUUAUUUAAUAAUACUGCACUUCUUAAACAACCUUUUUAUGGCUCCUCUCUCACAUUUACAGCUACUUCUUGUGAUCGAUCGAGACGAGACGUGUGUUAGAAACAGUAUUAAAGCGGGGCUGUAAGAUCUCUCUUGUUGUGAAUUACAGUUUUGAUUGUGAGAAAGAAAGAAAGAAUAAAAACGACCCAAGCACCGACAUCUACUUAAAUAUUUGGUCACAAAGUAAAAGAAAUCGAACCUUGGGUGCGAUACGGGAUCGUUUCUCGUCUCUCCUGAAAGGACAAGCGCUUUCAGAAUGUUCAGCUGGUUUCCAUGGAGACGGAAAGACACAUCAGAGGGUUGUUAUAUUUUGUUAUUUUAUUUCAAAUAGGAAUUUAAGUUAUCUGGGAAAUAGUUUGUGCCUUUCUAAGGGGAACGUCGAACCUUGCGGCGUCGCUCUCGGAGGGUCGUCCCCGGCGGGUUCCGUCCCGUGCGUUCGCCACAUCGUGAGUUUACAAAGGGAAACGGAGGAAGUCUAUUAUAGUGAGAAUGUAUGAUGAUUUUAAUGUUUUUAAUGUUUUUCUUCCCCGGCUCACGCAAUAUCUCAAUGAUAUUUAUUCAGGAUCGGAUAUUUAUUUCAGCGUCGCUCAGGUUCAUAUAUAAAUAAUAGCAGCCAGUGAAUGAUCAGAAAGGCUACGCGUUCAACUUGCAGGGUUUCAAGUACAUUUUUGUGCUUUAUUGCUAUAUCUUCAUGUUUAGGUUGAAUUGCUUUAGGCUGAUAUUAAUCAUUGUAACUUCAAAAUCGUCCAAUUGUGAUCACCCGCCCCUCCAUACCCUGUCAGUGUUGUCAUGGUAACCUGAUUCUCAUCCAUUGUUCUUUUUUUUUCCCCCUCUGCACUUUCCAAAGCUGUGCCCAAGUCUCAAACAUAUAUACAUAUAUAUUUUAAAAAUCCUUCAGCUUACAAACUAAUCUGUCCGUCAUACACACCUCAUCUUACGCCACAUGGCCCCCAGGAGCACUUCUGAUUGGUGGAAUCAGAAAAGUAGGACGCAGAAAAGAAGAGGAAGCUGAGGUGGUGCACAGCUAAAGUAUUUUACUUUCAUAUUUCAGUCGUCGAGAAGUUGAAAUGAAAGCCGUUUUAGUUUGAUUUAUUCUGUGAUAACUAAAUGCCUCAGAAAUAAAGACUUUUAUAAUAUA